CUCAAGACCAAAAAUUGUAGCUAGCAAUGGGCAUUUCAUGUUUUUUCUUGGCUUGCUUGUUUUUGGUGUCUUUGGGGCUCAUUAAUGUGAUCAAUGGGCAGCCUCUAGUCCCUGCAUUCAUCUUGUUUGGGGACUCCAUAGUUGACCAGGGCAACAACAACAAUCUUGAAACCCUUGUCAAAGCUAACUUCCCUCCCUAUGGAAGAGACUACCCCAAACACAUACCAACUGGCAGGUUUUGCAAUGGAAAGCUUGCCUCCGACUUUACAGCUGAGAACUUGGGGUUCAAUUCAUCUCCACCAGCUUAUCUAAGCCACACAGCCAAAGGGAAACAUCUCUUGACUGGAGCCAAUUUUGCAUCAGCUUCCUCUGGUUACUACGAUCUUACAGCAAAACUAUUUAAUACAAUUCCACUGAGUACACAGUUGGAGUACUACAAGGAAUAUCAGAAGAAAGUGGUGAAACUUGUAGGAAAAGUGAAUGCCACUUCACUCAUAAAUGGCUCAGUUCACUUUGUGAGUGCUGGGAGCAGUGAUUUUCUUCAGAAUUACUUUGUUAAUCCUCUGCUGUUCGAGGCUUACACUCCUGACCAGUUCUCAGACAUCCUCAUAAAAUCCUAUGCCAAAUUCGUGCAGGAACUGUAUGAACUGGGAGCAAGGAAGAUUGGAGUGACAACACUGCCACCAAUUGGAUGUGUACCGGCAGCCAUUACAAUCUUUGGUGAAGGCAGCAAUAAGUGUGUGAAAAAGUUGAACAAAGCAGCCAUUUCUUUCAACAGGAAGCUCAAUGCUACCUCUAUCAAGUUGCAGCAGAAGCUCUCCGGCCUCAAUCUCGUUGUCCUUGACAUUUACCAGCCCCUCCUUGACCUUGUCACCCAUCCAACCGAUCACGGGUUCUUUGAAGCAAGAAAGGCAUGUUGUGGCACAGGGCUGGUGGAGACAUCUUUUCUGUGCAACGCAGAGUCUCCGGGGACGUGUAAAAACGCGACGGAGUAUGUUUUCUGGGAUGGCUUUCAUCCCACACAGGCAGCCAACCAAGUUUUGUCUGAUGACCUGCUUGCCGCUGGCCUUUCCCUUAUCGGCUAAUUAACUAAUUAAUUGCAUAUAUAUACACUAAGUUUAACUUCAAGAAAUUUGUGAUUUGUGAUUUGUGUUUUUGUGUUGUCAUAUUGGUAUUGUAAUCAAAUAACAGAGAGAGUGAGUGUGUAUUCCAGCCAGCUUUAUGCAAUUUCGUAUUUUUUGUAAGCAAUAUGAAAAGAAACAAAGUUAUAUAUGCAGAGUAUUCCGGCCUUCUUCCU